ACCUUGCGGAGCCAUCGCUCCAUGUCCUGCAUUUUACCACCUCGCUCUAACCCGCAUUGCAGAUAGCUCCGUCCGUGUAUGAGCCUCGACUCAGCCUCGCAUUACCUUCCUCCGUUGCUGGGCUAAUAGGUCGCAAGUCCGCCUGCUUUCCCCAGGUUUUUUUUUUGUUUUUUUUCUAAUCCAGUGUUAUCCAACGCUCGAAUCACUACAUUCGACAUAAAAUAACUGCGAGACCCCCCGUCGUCCGAAGAGUAUGGGUUCAGCUAGACGGUUCUCGCUCUUUAUCGCUCUCUCCCUUCUCUCGUUCGCGUUAGUAGCUUCCGCGCAAUACAACAAGUGGAUUAAAGGCUUCACAGCGACCUACUACGCCAACCAGAACAGCCAGUACGGCUCGUGCGGAUACGGUAUCGCGCCCGGCUAUACCGCGUCUAUUUCCGCACCGAUCUACGCGCAAGGCCAAGCGUGCGGCGCGUGCAUACGAGUGCGCUGCGUCAACAGCGGGCAAUGCAUCCCGGGAACGAUCUCUCCCACCGUUAGAAUCACAAACCUCUGCCCCGCGGCGUCGUACGGCGGCUGGUGCGACAGCGGGAAGCUGAGCGUGACUCUAUCGAGCGACGUCUGGGCGCUUAUAGCGAAGAACCCAUCCGUGGGGGUUGUACCGGUGGAGGUUUCGCGCGUGCGAUGCCCCGGAGGCAACGGUGUUAUGUUCAAUGUUACGGGCGACGGUUUCUACAUAUCAGUUCUUCCGCUCAACGUGGGCGGAUCGGGGGACAUCAAGCGGAUGGAUCUGUCGGUCGGCGGGGGGCCGUGGUUCAUGAUGCGACGCAGCUUCGGCACCGUCUUCGAACUUGUCGGCCAGCCGUUAGCCGGCCGGGCGCUGUCGUUCCGCAUCUGGCCCCGCGCGGACCCCAAACCCGUUAUAGUGCGAAACGCGAUUCCCCCGUAUUGGACGCCGAGUACCGUGUACAGGAGUAAAAUCAACCUGUAAGAGGAAAAACUCUGCAGACUCGACAUUUUCGCUACGAGGUUGCUUCCCGAGACGGAUCAAAAGGAGGCUGAUGCUAGCUGAUGCUGGCUGAUGCUGCAGCAGUCUCGGUAUCAUACUGAACUACCCGGCAUCUGCAGGGUGACGCGGGUGAGGACUUUACUACGAGGUCUCUCCUUCCGUUUAACUCAAAAAGAGGCUGAUGCUGCAAUAGUUUACUUCACUACGAGGCUUCAGCAGGGUGAUGCAGUUGUAGUUGUUUACUCCGAGGGCUCUCUUUUUUCGAUUCACUGAGGAAUUCCAGCAUAUCACUCACAACCACCACCAUUUUUUAAUGUUCUCUUAUAGUGCACUAAUAUAGGGGCUCCUCUAGCAUGCUUUUGCAUAGGGGAUUCGGAUGAUGUUGAGUUGAAUCUACCCUAGAUUUAGGGCUGAGGACUGUAGGUCACUUUUCGGCGGGUGAGUUGGCUCAAGACUUCUCCAAUGAUUAGGCAUUGUACUCGGUAUUCACUUCUGACUGUUAUUGCUAGUGACUAUG